UUUUUUUUUCUUCCAUUCUAUUUGACUUUCUUAUGAUCACUAUACUUCCACCAAAACUCAAGAUCCUCAACUUUCCAAGAUCUCAAGUCAAGAUCGUUACACAUGCUAUUACAAAAAUCCUUUUGUUCAAAGACCCAAACAUAGACAAUUAUUUCUUUUCUUUUACCGAGAAUGAAUAUGGAAUAUCCAUCAUUGCCAAUCAAGAUGCAAUUGAACAAGAUUUUUUACCUGUUUUGGAGGCAGUUGGCUGUCUUGAUUUGGAUGCACCUACAGGCCUAUUUCGUGUUUUGCAAGUAGACGAUGAAAGGGGACAAGGCAUGUAUCAAGAACAACCUGAAUGCAGGCGCUUAUGUUCUCUUUAUAGAAUUAGGUGGGAGUGGAAAGAGAAUUAGCGAAAUUUCAGAGCCUUUGGCUGAAGGAAAAUUUUCAAUCUUGUACAUAUCUACUUAUCAAACAGAUUUUGUACUCAUCAGUGAGCCAAAAUUAUACCAAGUCAUGAAAGCGUUAAGGCAGCAUGGGUUUGACAUUGAAUCAGACGAUGAUAGUGUAGACAAUGAUAUUGAGCAAGAUACAAUCGAGGAAGGGGAUGACCCUUUGUCACAAAAUACGCAACCGUUGUCACCCACUGUGGAUCCAGCACAAUUCUUACUGGAUACCAGUGUACUGGUCAAUGAACUACAGUGUGUAGGACUCAACAAACAUUAUCGAUCCAAUUGGGUGCAGACUGUAUUAAAGAUACUCUGCUAUCCAGAACUUGUUCAGUCUGAUUGCGAAGACGAUUAUAAGCGCUUUUGUUCUUUUGUCGCAACAAAUGAAGACAUUUCUCUCAUUGCAGAUACACAAAUUGUUGCUACUUUUGAAGAGAGUUCUCUCAUGUUAGAACAAGAUGCUUCAGCUCAAAGAGUCAUUCAAGUUCAUUUCUCUGGCUCUAAUAUUGAGCGAUGCGGUAUUGUAAGAUCCAUUUCUAAGCCUUUAUCAAUGGAAGCAAAUAUCAACAUGCUUUAUCUCAGUACUUUUAUGACAGCCAAUAUCAUUGUCUCCGCUGAUGAUUUGGAAAGGGCUGUUCAUAUUUUAUCUCCACAGAAAAACUUAUUGACAUGUUAACUCUUCCCCCAAUAUGCAUGAAUCAUGCAAAUUUGUAUAUAGUGUAGAAUUAAAAAAAAAAUGCCUUAAUUGAC